UACAGGCUAUCUUCAAUCUACUCUUUCAGUCUCAAUGAAGGGCCUCAAACCAAAACAUCAUCUCUCGAUUAGAUCUAAUGUAAAAUCAGUGAACCUGUUGAUUUGAUAGUUGAUUUUUAUUAGAAUAAUAGGCAUUGGAAAACACUAGGUUAUAAGGAUUGUCUUGCACAGCUGAUUGCUGGUGCAGAGAGAGAGUAUGAGUAGGAUAAUCAUGCUUUUAAAUUUUAGAAUCACAUCACCAUGCAACCCAGAAAGAAGCCAUUUGGACUUUUUUGCCCUUUGAGAGGGCCCCAUCCAUUUCACCCCAAAUAUACUCACAUUCCCUUCCAGAGCUCCGUGGCUGGGGUGUAUAUCCGCAAGAUGCAAUAAAAUGUUCUUCAGCAGCACUGUCCAAACAUUAAAUCUCUAUCGCCCAGAAGGCAAAUUGUAGCAGUUCCCAUGAGGAGACCACUGUGUGUAUCCUCCAAAAUACAUGGGCGGCACGGUGGCGCAGCGGUGGAGUUGUUGCCUUACAGUGAAUGCAGUGCCGGAGACCCAGGUUCGAUCCCGACUAUGGGUGCUGUCAGUACGGAGUUUGUAUGUUUUCCCAGUGACCUGCUUGAGUUUUCUCCAAGAUCUUCAGUUUCCUCCCACACUCGAAAGACAUACAGGUUUGUAGGUUAACUGGCUUGGUGUAAAUGUAAAAAUUGUCCCUAGUGUAUGUCGGAUACUGUUAGUGUGCGGGGUUUGCUGGUCAGCGCGGACCAGGUGGGCCGAAGGGCCUGUUUCCGUGCUGUAUCUCUAAACUAAACUAAACUAAAAUACAUAGCGUACUGACUUUCAACAUUGUCAUUUCUUCAUGGCAUUAGUUCAAAAUUCUGCAACUCUUUAUCUUAUCUAACAGCUGGGCAUAAUAUCCUCAUACACUAAUUGAAAGGUUUGAGAUGGCAGGAUUUCAGAGUCAAUAAGAAUCGUCAAUAACUGUUCCCUUGUCCAGUGACACUUGCAUUCCCUGUACAUGUUUAAAUACCUUUAGAAAAUUAUCAUUGAAUAUGUUUACUCCAUUCUUUCAUGUAUUGUUCUGAUUCGAGCAACUCUCUUACAAAAUGAAAUUCUACUUAUUUCUCUAUUGAUUUACAUGCCAAUUGUUUGAAACCUGAUAUUAUAGGUUACCCAUCAUUCUGCUGGUGGAAACAUUUUUCCUUAUAUACUCUGUCAAAAUGUCCACAAUUUUAAACAGAACUUUUAAUGAAGUAAGAAAAUAUAUACCCCUUUGAAGUCUGGAAGAUGAAACUUUUGCAUUGAUUGCCCACCCAGCACUUCAGUGAAAAUUCAGAUCUCACCCCUUUGAAAAAAAGUCAGCUUGGUCAAUAGCAAAUUUCAUGAUAGGGUCUUGUUUUCUCAGGAAAGAUUACUGAUUAUUAUGGAAGCAAAGGAGGUAGAUUGAAAACUUUAUUACUUGUUAUGACAAGAGCUGAAGAGUCUCCUUUUAUUCUAAUAUUUCAAAGAAUAGAAUUACAGGAUCACUAAUCUCCAGAAUGGAACAAACAAGUCAAUGCUAUAUUAAAGGAGAAACGUAAGAUUUACUUUUUUGAAAGGGUGUCAGCUAUAUACUCCCAUAAUGGUCUGUUCAACUUCUAGAUAAAUUACACGUUGCUUUUCAAGGAUCCGGCGAACAUGGGAAUCUGCUGCUCAGGUAGACAUUUGAGUUGAAGUUUGAGAGGUUAAUGCAAGGUCACAUGUAACUGCCUGGAUGAAGUGCGUGUUCCAUUGCAGGUAGAUAAGCAAUGGUCUUGGCAUUAUAUUUGGCAUAGACAUUGUGGGACGAAGGGCCUGUUCUAUGCUCUAUGUUCAAAAGAAUCAUGGAAAAUGCAGCACAAAAGGAGAUUGUUUAACCUAUAGCAUCAAUGCCAGACUUUUUUUUUUAAGUUGCACCUAUUUCCCAGUUUUCAAUGCAAAUUACGAUUUCAUGAGUGCACAUCUAGGUAGCGUUUACGUCUGAUAAGGGUUUCUGUCUCCACUAUCUGAUUAGACGGUAAGUUCCAGAAAUUUGGUGACAACAUUUAAAAUAAUUUUACUAAUUUACUAAAAUUAAAGUAUACUGGCUCUGUAUCUCCCUAACAAGGGGGUAUAAAUCCUUCAUUUCCAGUUUGUUUUGGUCUCUUAUAGUUUAGAACUCCUCAAUUACAUCAACCUAGUCGGUCUCUCCUCAUAACUAUAAUUCUCCUGGCAUCUGUAAACCCUACAGCACUGGCAAUAACCUAAACCUGUUAGAACUGGAGGAUAUGUAACAAAAUUAACAACUCCUUGCACAUUUUCAGACAUGCUGGUGCUUUCAGAAUUAUCAUAAAUGCAAUUGAGGAGUCAUAAUUCAUUUAAAUAAGCAGUCUAUUCAGUUCUGGGAACACUGAUAGACUACACCUUAUUUUGCACAUCCAAACCAUUUAUCUUCCAUAUCCACCGAACUCUCCCACCCUUAUUCAGUUCCCACCAGGUUACCCCCACCAUCUUUUAAUCUAGAUCAGAAUAUUGUAACGCAAUAUUCUCCAUUUUGUUUCAUUCCAUCUUUUCCUUUUCUUUUGGAUUAGUUUGUUAGCUUUUCACAAUCUGGUUGCCGUGUUCGGCAGCUUUCUCGAUUUUGAUUUAAGUCCACCAGACUAAGAAAUGUUUGUGACCCUGGCAGUUUUUUGUGAAUUAUUAAGGACUUGUUUACUUCCUGUGUGUAUUUUGUUCCUUACCGUCAGCACUCAUUACCGUUAAUUUUGAAAGUAAACUUUAUGAAAAUAAUUUGUGUUAUUUUAAGAAAAAGUGCAUGAAGGUGAAGGAGGCAGACUGGAAAGAAACAGAUCUCCCAAUCACAUAAACCAUCAAAUGGCAGACCUAAUAACUAUAGAUGAUGACAGGCUAUGCCUAAACCUACUAAUUUAGUCAUUCUCUAUUAAAGAAUUUCAAAACUUCGCUGCAAGAUGUUUGGGGAAUGCUUCAAAUACUGAUGUGUGAACGCUCCUCAAAGGAUUCUGUGGCUGUCGAAUGUGGGACUCAUUUAUCUGAACUUAGAGUUCAGGUAGAUGUGGAGAAAGAUCUCAACACCAUAGCUCUUCCCACAGCAACGUCAGCAACAGAGAGAAGGGCAGCUGGCAUGACCAAAGACAAAGAAACUGCACUAUCAGAAUCACAGACAAUACAAUAUACUGGCUGAAAAGCAAGGACAUUGUAAGUUGCCUCAUCAGUUUCUCAGGUACGGAUUAAAGACUUGGAGAAUACGAUGAAGUGGGCUGGACGUCUUCUGUUCUGCACCUAUUUUCUCCACCCACUAAGUGUUUGGGCCACUAAUCCUGGAUUCAAAACAAAAAUCACCACCAAAGGAAUUGACUAUGGUUGUAAAAUUGUGAUGUCUGUUUUACAAAACAGAUUGAUAGAUGUGAGACUUCCAGAUAUAUCAGGCGAUAAACAGAGCAAAGUUUUACAAGAACUUCAGUAUAACAUAAGCAGCAUCACAAUAAGUAAAGUGAACUUUCCAGACACAAGUGUGAACCUGGUCUCCAAUAUCGGACUGAAAGUUGCUUUUUCUCUUGGUUACAUUGAGAUGAGUGGUAACUGGUACAUCAAAUCAAAGAUUCUGAGAACUCAUGGCAAAGUAAAGGCACAGAUCAACAGCGUUGCCACCUCCAUUUUCCUUAGGUUUGGCAAGGAUGAUGCAGGCAGGCCAACUAUGUUUAUUAUGGAUUGUUCAAGUUACAUUGCAAAACUCCAAGUACACGUUUUUGGAAAAUCUAGCUGGCUGUACAACCUGAUCAUCAGGUGGUUUGAACCCUCCAUCAGGAAAUACUUAAGUGGCAAGAUCUGUUUUGAAUUGAAGAAAAUUCUCAAUGAAAAGAUAUAUCCGUUUCUCCAGACAGUGCCAGUGACAAAAGAAGUUGGCAGAUAUAUCGGAAUUGAUUACUCUUUGACCAGUCCUCCAUUUGUGACAAACAAUUCACUUAAUCUACCCCUCAAGGGGGAAUUUUACAAUCUAUUACAUCGUACCGACAUUCCAUUUUCUGCUCCAGCGCUGAACAUUUUUUCAGGCCAUGAGCGUAUGCUUUACAUCGGAAUCUCCGAAUAUUUCUUUAAUUCUGCUGGUUAUGUUCUCAACUCAGUGGGAGGUAUAUCCAUUAACAUUACUGACGAUAUGCUUCCAGAUAAUUCACGCAUACGCUUUAAUACAGAAACCAUUGGAACACUGAUACCACAGAUGAAAAAAAUGUAUCCAGUCAUGAAGAUGAAACUGCAGCUUAUAGCGGAUUCUGCACCAUCUAUGGCUUUUCAGUCUGAUAAAAUCAUGCUCACAACAUCUGGAGAUGUCUAUGCCUUUGCUAUCUUGCCAAAUUCAACAUUAAUUCCUCUCUUCAAUGUUAAACUGAAGGCUCAAAUCACAACCCCAGUUGGUAUAAAAGAUGACAAGAUUACUGGGAAACUAACAUUGGAUAGUGUAGAAUUAUCUUUACAGAAAUCUAACAUUGGUCCAUUUCAGGUAAACUGUCUACAAUCUGGAAUUGAUUUCUUGAUUUCAAUUGUUAUUUUACCUCGUAUUAAUACUGACCUUGCCAAAGGAUAUUCACUUCCUCUGAUGGACCAUAUCAAACUUUCUAACCUUAUUUUGCAGCCACAUAAGAACUUCCUUAUGUUUGCCACAGAUAUCACCUAUUAUUAAACAUCAACAAAUUUGUAUAAUGAUGCCGAAUGGUCAUUAAUUGAAACACCAUGGAGAUAUUAUUUAAAUCUUCCUUUACAAUCAUGUUUAUUGUAAGCACUUCUUCAUUAUCUUUCAUGAGCCACAAUUAAACACAUUAAUAUUUUACUGCAAUUAUGAAGGAAAGAAGGUGGAUAAUAAAUGUGCCUGUGGUGUACUGCAAGCAUAUAUUUUUGGAAUAAGAAAUGAAUCAUGUUCCAUUUUUGAAAUGCAAAAUAAAAGAUAGAAAUAUUUGAUUUUGAUUUUAGAUGUAUGUUACGAUUUAAUUGACUUCUAUUGAUUCACUAUAUUAAAUACAGUAUCAAGCACAACCCGUGGCUUCUUGCUAGGGCCAAAGCUAUUUGCUUCCAUAAUUAGUUAGGAAAUACAGUUUGCAAACCAGCAUUACCUGAAAUUGGAGAAUUCAAUAUUCAUACCAUUUGUUUAUAGACUACCCAGGCAGAAUAUAAAGUGAUAUUCCUCCAGUUUGCAUUUAGCCUCACCCUGAGGCUGGAGGGGCUGAGGACAGUUAUGUUGAUGUCGGAAUGGGAACUAUCUAUGAUCAUGUGCCAACGCAGAUUUUCAAAGUGAUGCAAUACCUUCAGAGCCAUCCAGUUAGCAUGUGGGUGUGAAAAGUUAGAAAUAAAACACGAAUGUGCUAAAACUGUGAGAAACAAAGCAAACAAUUGUUGGAUAUCUGAAAUAAUUGAAAAUGCUAGAAAUAUGUUGCAGAUCAGGCAGCAUAAUUGGAAAGAAAAAGACCACAUUAACAUUCCAGAUAUAUGACCACACACCAGAACUGGUUACUGCUGACACUGACACACUGAUUGUAGAAAACUCAAUAUUGAAUGCUUGGGCAAAAAAUUAGUUGGUUUCAGGUUGAUCACCCUCGAAGUUAGAGUUUAAUUUGAAACAGUGGAGGAGUGAAACAAUGACAGAGAGAUCAGAGUGAGAGUAGGGCAGAGAAUUAAAAUGAUAUUUGACGGUUCUCACAUUAACAUGAGGUCUGCACAGAGAUAUUCUAUUAAGCGGUUCAUUCAAUCUGCAGUCUGAAGAAGGGUUUCGGCCCGAAACGUUGCCUAUUUCCUUCGCUCGAUAGAUCCUGCUGCACCCGCUGAGUUUCUCCAGCAUUUUUGUGUACCUUCAUUCAAUCUGCAUUUGGUUUGCAGAGCAGACCAAAAGGCAGAAGAGCCCACAUCAUGAGCAGCAAAUA